GGACGUCGCACUGCCAUCGCUAUCAAAUACCGCGAGUGCAUAAACAGAAGGAAGGGCGACUCAAAUCCACGUGUUGUAGUCUGAAAAAGCUAACUAUGCCUCGAACAAAGAAGGGGUCGAAGCAGGUCGCCCCAGCCAAGCGUAAAACAACACCAGAGGAAAAUGAGGGAGGUAACAAGAGACGAAGAGCUGGUGAAGAACCACAAGUUCCAGCCCCAGAAGAAGCUGCUCCUGCAAAGAAGCCUGCCGAAAAAGCGGGAGUGAAGAAGCAGCAAGUAAAAGCAACAGAAAAAGCGGUACCCUCCGUGGAACGCAACACAGCAGUCGGCCAAGUUCUCGUCGUGGGUCAGGGCGACGUCGGACAGCUUGGUCUCGGCCCAGACGUCUUUGAGAAGUCGAGGGCCGCAGUGGUUCCGGGCGUUCCCGAUGCUGUUGACGUGGUCGCAGGCGGAAUGCACACGCUAUGCCUCACAAAAUCGGGGGAGAUUUAUUCGUUUGGGUGCAACGAUGAGGGCGCGCUAGGGCGUGUGACGUCGAGCACGGAUGGUUCGGAAGCCACCCCAGGACGAGUGGAUCUCACUGAACCUGUGGCAAAGAUUUGUGCUGGUGACUCCCAUUCGGCAGCACUCACCCAAUCCGGUGUUGUGUACGUGUGGGGCAAUUUCCGUGACUCAAGCGGCCCCAUGGGGCUGACGACUGCCGGAGGUUCGGAAGCAAAGCCCAAAAGGCUCCUGGACAGAGUCGUCAAGAUCUCAUCUGGCAGCGACCACCUGGCCAUGUUAAGAGACGACGGAACGUUGUACACGGUCGGCUGCGCAGAACAAGGCCAACUCGGACGGGUGCCAUCCUGCUUCAGUUUACGAGGCGGCAGAAGAGGAAUUGGCUACCUUUUAACCCCUGAUAUUGUAAAGCUGCCUUACCCCAAGGGUUGCAAGUCCAAAGCCUUGGAUGGAUUGUGGACCGGUUCUUACUGCACCUACGUGAGACUCAAGGAAACGGGCACAAUCUAUGGCUUCGGUUUGAAUAACUUCCAUCAGCUCGGUGCCCUUGAAGGGAGCGAAGGUCAAGUUGAAUUUCAACCGCGACUACUAGCAGCAUGUUCGGGGCACAGGUGGGAAAAAUUGAGUGGAGGCCAGCACCACGCACUUCUAAUGGACGACAAGGGAGCUGUGUACAGCAUGGGCCGGAAAGAGUACGGAAGACUGGGCCACGGAGAGGACGGCUCGGAUGAGGUUGCGCCGAAGCAGUUGACAAAGCUGCCUGCGUGCGUUGACAUUUCGUGCGGCAACAUAGUUUCUUUUGCUGUGUCUGCAACCGGUGAGGCCUACUCAUGGGGUAUGGGCACCAAUGGACAGCUGGGCCACGGAGAUGAGGAAGACGUGUACUGGCCGAAAGUUAUGGCUGGCAAGGCUCUGUCAUCUCGGAAGACCCUUCUUGUGUCCGGUGGGGGUCAGCACACCGUAAUCUUAGCAACUGAGUCAUCUUUGUGACGAGGACAAUGUAAAUUACCACAAUUUUAACUGCCACAAUUUUAGCGAGUUUUAGCGAUUUACCAAAUAAAAAAGGAUCUUGCACGAUCUUGGUUCAGAAUGC